CCCAGACCCGGCCUUGCCUCCGGCACCCGGCCGCGGACCGCACUGCCUAGUCACCCCGCCGGGCUUUCCCCGCCCAUUCUGCGCGCUAGCAGAUCGCGGCUGCGCGCGCAGAGCCUGAGCGGGCGCCGGCGGGAAGGGGAAGCGGCGGGGUAGGACCAGAUUAUGGGCAAUAGUCCUUUUAAUUGAUCUGUCAUCAUCAUGGCUAAUGAGGGCUGUGCCAAGGCUGGUGAUAGUCAUUUUUCAUUAGAUAAACAUGCUCAACUCAUCUUGGCUCAGAUCAAUAAAAUGAGGAAUGGACAGCAUUUCUGUGAUGUGGAGCUGCAAGUUGGGAAGGAAACUUUUAAAGUUCAUCGGCUGGUUUUGGCUGCCAGUAGUCCUUACUUUGCAGCUUUGUUCACUGGAGGAAUGAAAGAGUCCUCAAAAGAUGUUGUACAGAUUCUAGGAAUUGAAGCUGGAAUCUUUCAAAUACUUUUAGAUUUCAUUUACACAGGUAUAGUGAACAUAGGCGUGAAUAAUGUCCAGGAGUUGAUUGUUGCAGCAGACAUGCUACAGUUGACUGAAGUUGUUAAUCUUUGCUGUGAAUUUCUGAAAGGACAAAUUGAUCCGCUGAACUGCAUUGGGAUCUUUCAGUUCUCUGAGCAGAUUGCCUGCCAUGAUCUUCUGGAAUUUACAGAAAACUACAUUCAUGUCCAUUUCUUGGAGGUUCAUAGUGGGGAAGAGUUCCUGGCGCUUACAAAAGAUCAGCUGAUCAAAAUUUUGCGAAGUGAAGAGCUUAGCAUUGAGGAUGAAUACCAGGUCUUCUUAGCUGCAAUGCAGUGGAUACUGAAAGAUCUGGGAAAAAGAAGAAAACAUGUGGUGGAAGUGCUGGACCCAAUUCGAUUCCCUUUAUUACCUCCUCAGAGACUUUUAAAGUACAUAGAAGGAAUAUCUGAUUUUAAUCUUCGUGUUGCAUUGCAAACGCUUUUGAAAGAGUACUGUGAGGUGUGCAAAUCUCCCAAAGAGAACAAAUUUUGUAGUUUUCUGCAGACAUCUAAGGUUCGACCUCGGAAGAAAGCAAGAAAGUACUUGUAUGCAGUAGGUGGAUAUACUCGAUUGCAGGGCGGUCGUUGGAGUGAUAGCAGAGCCCUCAGUUGUGUAGAACGUUUUGACACCUUUAGCCAGUACUGGACCACUGUGUCUUCACUUCAUCAGGCUCGAUGUGGACUUGGAGUAGCAGUUCUGGGAGGAAUGGUCUACGCAAUUGGAGGUGAAAAGGAUUCAAUGAUUUUUGACUGUACUGAAUGUUAUGAUCCAGUUACUAAACAGUGGACGACUGUAGCUUCAAUGAAUCACCCACGCUGUGGCUUGGGAGUGUGUGUAUGUUAUGGGGCUAUCUAUGCUUUGGGUGGUUGGAUUGGAGCUGAGAUAGGGAACACUGUUGAACGAUUUGAUCCAGAUGAAAACAAAUGGGAAGUAGUUGGCAACAUGGCUGUGUCACGGUACUACUUUGGGUGUUGUGAAAUGCAAGGUUUAAUUUAUGUGGUUGGGGGCAUCAGCAAUGAAGGCAUAGAGCUUCGUUCUUUUGAAGUUUAUGAUCCACUUUCCAAGCGAUGGUCUCCACUUCCUCCAAUGGGAACUAGAAGAGCAUAUCUUGGGGUUGCUGCACUCAAUGAUUGCAUCUACGCUGUUGGAGGGUGGAAUGAGACACAGGAUGCUCUUCACACUGUAGAAAAAUAUUCCUUUGAAGAGGAAAAGUGGGUUGAAGUUGCCUCAAUGAAGGUGCCUAGAGCAGGCAUGUGUGUUGUGGCAGUCAACGGGCUUCUGUAUGUUUCUGGAGGUCGAUCUUCCAGCCAUGAUUUCUUGGCUCCAGGUACCUUGGACUCAGUUGAAGUUUAUAACCCUCAUUCAGAUACAUGGACAGAAAUUGGCAACAUGAUUACCAGUCGUUGUGAAGGAGGUGUUGCUGUACUAUGAAAUAGAAGCAUUAAGACAGCAAAAGAAACAUUUUGAAAAUGCAGGAUCUCACCUUUUGCAAAUCACACUCGUAUUUGGUUAUAGGACCCUUUCUGUUUUCUGUGAAUUUGGUAGAAAAAUGACUAAAGAAUUUUUUUUAAAAGAAUUUGAGUGAAAAGUGAUAGUGAAAUAUAUCCUAAAUUAAUAAAGAGUUCUCACAAAUUUGCCAAGCUGACCAAGAGAUGCUGUUUAUGCUCUAGAAUUGUCCAGUUAGGAGUAGAGUCCUAUUUGUAAAAAGAAUUUUCCAGAAGCUUCUUGGCAAAUAGUUCCUUUAGCGGCUUCUCCAGUUCAGUUUAAGCUAUAACAUGACCAUUGUGUGAUGUAAGAAUAUCAAAUGAGACAGUUUAAAGAUAUCUAAAAAAAAAAUUUUUUUAAAAAAUUAAAAAAAAAAAAUAAAGAUAUCUAUACAUUCAUGAUUCAGCUAAAAGCACAAUUUUCCAUGGCCAUAGUUUAACUUAUAGAGAAAAGCCAAUGAGACAACUUCCAACUUCUGUUUUAUUCCUAGUUUUCACUAACCCCAAACUUUUUAUUGGCAGCAGGUGUACUGGGAGGGACAUGUUGGAAAUAUCUAGCUAUUUAUAUAAAUUUUUGCCCGUUGAUAACAGCAUAAAAAAAGCUCUUGUUCACUUAUGCUUUUGUUUUGAUGCUGGAAUGCAAGUGAGAAAUUAAUAGGAGGUUCUUAGUGACAGUCCUUUAUUACAAUAAGAUGAUGUAUGGGUGAUGGAAGCCAGCUGGUUAUAUGCACCUUUUUCCAAAAAUAUGUUUAGCUUUGGGAAGAGGGAAUUUAUUAGAUUACCAAGCUUUAUGAAGCUUACUCAUACUUGGGCAAGCCUAAGUAUGAACUUAGUACAAAGCCGCUGCCUGGCUUGGAGAAGAUGGAAUUAUAGGUCCCUGCACAACUUUUUUUUUUUUUUUUUUCCUGUACAACUUUUUAUAUACACUAACUCAUAAAUGGAAAAGUUUCUGAUCCAAAACUGCUUCUCAAAACUUACUUUCUCGAAGAAGCAUUCUAAAGAAGUGUUCUCUAUUUCUGAGACAAAGAUUUUGUGUAUAUGAUCAUCACUUUUAUUUCUACUAGUCAGUUGGAGCCAUAUACAUUAAAGGUCUUAUACAUUUAGGUUUACUUAGCUGUUCCAGGAUUUGAUUUCUAUAUCCCUGAUUUCCCUUUUUCUUUAUGAAAGUCCUUUAGUAUAUUAUAGGCAUCAGUGGCUUAUUUAGAUAGAAAACCUUUGAUAAGCAUUAAAGACUCAGGUCCGAAAUAUUUGGAUUGAUCCACAAGGAUACUUUCCUUCACAACUUAACCAUAUGCAUAUUUUAAGAAAAGAUUAUGUAGUGCAGACAGAAAGCUCUGUUUUCCAUUCUUUUGGGUAUCCUGAAAGUCUGAAGGGUCACAGAUGGCUGACUGGGAUGUGUAAAAUGUCAAGGAAUGAAGUAUCAAGAUAAUGUAUAAAUUAAGCUGUAACUCAUGUGCCUUUAAUAUUUCUAGUUGAGAAUGUAUUCAAGAGAUUUACAAAUUUUCCUAUCAUUUAAUUUUCAUUACUGCCUGGUGCCAGCCUAAAAUGGCAGUUUGAAGGGAGGCAUUUUGUACUGCUAUGAUGGAAAUGUAGUCAAGACAAUCAGUGUUUGGGCUUAAAUAGAUCCAGACGAUGCCUGAAAAUGAGUCAUUGUAAAUAUGCUUAUUUCCUAAGAAAUGACAGAUUGUUUUAAAAGAAUGUACUAAUAAAGUGUCUUGAAUUUUU